AUGCCUCCCCAACCACUUCCCGCCGCCUCCCGCCGCCGCUUUAGCCCCCUCCGCUGCCUCGCCCUCACUCUCCUCUCCCUGAUCAUCCUCGUCGGCCUCAUCAUACUCAUCUUCUAUCUCAUCGUCCGCCCCUCCCCUAUCUCCUACUAUGUCGACGACGCCCACAUCCGCAACUACAACCUCUCCUCCUCCGGCGAACUCACCGCCUCCUUCGACCUCUCCCUCCUCGCCGACAACCGCAACCGCCACGUCUCCAUCUACUACGACUCCCUCGUCGUCGCCAUCUGGUACGCCGACCAAAUGCUCGCUUUUCGCGAACUGCCGCCUUUCCACCAGCCGAAGCGGAACGCGACGCGGCUUUUACUAUCGGCGGCGGCGACGGCCACGCCCUUGUUGGGGUCGGUAGCAGACGGGCUGAAGCAUGACCGCUCGGCGGGGCAGGUGGCGGUGGAGGUGAGGGCGAGGGCGAAGAUAAGGUUUAAGGUUGGGGUGGCAAAGACGAAGCAUUAUGUUAUGAGAGUGUACUGUGCGCCGGUGGUGGUGAGGUUCUCGCCGGCGGCGGGGAUGUUUCAGAGGGCGUUUUGCGAUGUGGAUGUGUGAUUGAUUUGCAGUUCAAUUUCUUCUUAUUUGAGCUUUAAUUCUGGUUAGAAACUUAGAAUUUGGGUGAAUAUUGUUAUGUAAACUCUUCAUUUUUUUCAGUGGCAAAGAUGUAA